CCUACUCUUUUUAGUUUUUCUUUUCGUCCUUAUUAUAAAUUAAUAAUUUUAUUCAUUUGAACUACGUAAAUUCAUAUUUUACACAAUAGACCAAACUCUCCUUACAAAUUGUAUAGUAUUUAAAAAGUUUCGUAAUACUUUACGUAUUUACGUCGCACUUAAGUUUUGUAAGUUUUAAAGUUUCAAACAAUACAAUGAGUGGUACAGCUAUGGACACCACGGUGCCGCCUGAGACCCACAAGGCCCCUGAUGGGGUGGAGACUGCGGUGGAAGCCGUGGACGGAACCCAGCAGUUGCUGCCUGAUGGUGCCAACCUUGUUGGACACCACAUCAAAGAGGAGGAGGUCCAGGGUUUGUCUCCAAUACAGAUACAGCAGGAAUACUUUGAGAACUUACCCGACUGUGACUGGGUUAAAUACGAAAAGAAGAACCGAAAUUAUCUUUUGCAAAACAUAGCAUUUGCCCUGUUUGGCAGUCCGAGCCUGGAAGGAGAGCUGUCGGAGGUGGCCAGCAACGAAGAAGUGAAGCUGGAGGGCUACACGUCCCGACAGCGGGAGCAGGUCAUGAAGGUGUAUGAGAAGAUUUGUGAACAGAGCAAGUACUCACAAAACGACGAAGACGUGAUGGUGUCAAUUCUCCUGAUAGUCUGCGCCAGGCCGCGGCCGCUGAAGUUCUACCAGAUGGAGCCGUCGGGGUACUGGCUGGACCUGCACGAGAGGACCGACGUCGACAUGUGGUGCUCGGCUGUCUUCCGCGUACGCAAGUGUGUGCCGACCAUUGUUGGAGCACUAACAUGCAAGAUAUUCGUGGACGAAAACGCGCGGGUCUACCAGGACUGGGCGUCGUACCUCGCCGGCAACACGCAACCCAAGUGUGUGAUGAUCGUGCCCGAGCACGGCCAGUAUAAGGGGACCCUCCUAGAGGGCGAAGAGUCAUUCGCCGUCCGCCUCACCGUAGCGCCCUCACCUUCCCUCGGGUUAAAAUCCCGGGUGCUCAGCACAGUAGACACGGCCAGCACGGUGGCGUCUCUCGGCGCGGUGGGGGUGCUGGGGGCGGCCAUGCUGACCCCCGUGGGGCCGGCGGCGGUGGUGGGCGCGGCGGUCGCGACGGUGGCUACGGGGUUGUACGGGCUGGUGCGGUCGUCGUUGCAUCUGCGUGAUAGGAGUGUGCAUGAGCAGAGCAUCAGCCCCACCGACGCGGAGGCGCGCGGCAGCUGGCUGAACAUCGCGGCGUCCAGCGUGGGGCUCGCCGCCGGCGCCGCUUCCAACUUGUUAGCCAAGAGUGCUGCUACCGGGACCAACCUCACCAAGACGGGCCAGGCGCUGGCGGUGUCGGUGGAGGUGCUGCGGCACGCCAACAUCGUGACGGGCGGCGCCGGCGUCGUCAACAGCCUGUUCCAUAUUAUAUUGAAGUACCGCAAGCACGGCGAGCAGCCUUCCCGCCUCGAGUUGUUCCAGUUCUCAGCUGCCACCUUGUUCUUCUGCACCGCGGUGAUGUCCAACAAGACCGCCCAAAGCAUUGUGGAGGAUGCGCAAGCAAAGACUAUCAAUGAGUACAGAGCCACGCUUAGGAGCAAUAGACAUAGGCGAAUGUUCGACAAGAUAAGCGCAGAGUCACGGCGGGUGCAAGGCGCGGUGGUGGGCAACGCCGAGGUGAUCCGCGGCGUCCACACCAUCGCCGACAAGGACCAGUACUUUGCUGACGUGCUGAGGAUCAAUAAGGAGGUGAAUCAGCACCGCCUGCGCAUCUCCAUGACGGCUGAGGGACAGGUGAACCUCAACUCCCAGCACAGGUUCCUGCCGUCGGAACUGUCCAGUCUCGGCAAGGAGGGCCGCGCCCAGCUGUUCACCUCACUCGGACCCGCCACAGUCGACACGAGAAACGCGAUCACCCGUCUCACUCCCACCACCCCCGUCGGAGGCUACAUAGACAGAGAGGACGAACCGACCAGCAUACUCGUAGGCAUUCGUCCCGGAGAAAUCAUCCGAAUAGGCACGUUCUUGGUCAGAAUCAGCUCCUCUGGAGCGGAAAAUGUCGCCCAAAUGUUGCAAAACUUGAGCCAGGAUAUCUAUGUCAAUCUUAUGACGGUCACCUUCAAUGUUCUCUCUAAACUACUCCCGGAAGACAUAGCUAGGUUGAGGCUGUUGAGUCCCGAUGAGGAUUUGAUUGUGCAAAUCACUAAGUUCGUCUUCAACUAUAUGAAGCAUCAGAGGCCGUUGGGAGAGCCGACUCGCGAAGAUAAUGGCAUAGUGAUGGUGUUGAAAGAGUUCUUCCAAGAUGGCGUCGUCAGACAGGAUACUAUACUCCAGCUGAAGAACAGUUUGACUGGCUGGGUGGAAGAGGAGUUGGAUACUAGGAGGCAAAUGUAUCCUAAUAAGAAGAUGAUUAUUUGUAACUCCUGCAGUGGGGUAAGAUUUUCGUAGGAAAAUUUAUAAGUAAAGGCCUAUAAGACAUUCGCGAUAACCGCUUACAGUGAAGAAGUAACUAGUAAAUAUCGCAUAUGUCUGAAUAUAUAAUUUAUGAAGAGGGCACCAAAAAAUAGUUGCGUUUUAAAAUUUAUUAGUUAUGAUAUGCUGAUAUUUAGGAUAGAAAGAAAUAAAAAAAGAUACUCAAAAUUUGUAGAUGAUUCAGAAAAACUUUAUUAUGACUGUGUUUUGUUAUGGGUUGAUGACGAUAAUCCAGUGUCGAUAUAAAAUUAUAAAUCAUUCCUCGGUUAUAACAUAUUAUUAUGUUUAUUGAAUUGGUUCCUAUUCCUUACUUUAGAAGAUAAAAAAGAAAUUCUUAGUUAAAAGUUGUUGGUUCCAUAUGAACCUUAUAUACUUUAUAUCAGCUGUUUCAUUACAUUCAGUUGCAUUCGGAAAGUUUUUAUUGAUAAAUUUGCAACGUGCAAAACUGCUUUUAAAGAAAAAAACCCUCUCAAUUUAAAAAUGUAUUCACAAAAACAAGUUCGAUCGCAAGUUUUUUUUUGGAAAAGUGUC